AUGCGGGAAGAGGACCACUCCCCCAUGGACAGUGCGGGGAACAGUGAGGAAGAAACGGAGCGUCAACUUCCAAGAAGAGGCUCAAGAAAGCGGCGAGCGGCGCGGAGGAGCACGGAGGAUGAGGAUGAGGCAGAGACGCAGAGUCCAAUCCCGGAGAAAAAGAAAAACCUGAAGAAGAGUAGUGAUGGCGGAGGCGGGAGCGCAGGGAGCAGUGGUAGUGAGGCCAGCAGCAGUCCACCGUGCUCUUUUGAAGACCUCCACACGCAGCGCGUCAUGGCCAACAUCCGCGAGAGACAACGCACACAGUCCCUCAAUGAGGCGUUCACGUCGUUACGAAAGAUUAUCCCAACACUGCCUUCGGACAAAUUAAGAUGGGGGGAGCGUGGUCCCUAUCCACAGCAUCCCACUAGCAGCCUGCCCAAAUGCAUUGCACGAUGUUCCAGCUGCAGACCCAGUCCUGUGAGGAAGGAGCAGGUGACUCCACCAAGAGGACAGCGCCUGAGCUUUGGCCCAAAGGACAGUGGCCUUAUGUCCCUCUGCACAGACCUGAACUAUAUUGGCAAGGGAGCACUAAGACAAUAG